AUGUCGGCAGCCUUGCAAUCAUAUCUUGCAAAAAACUACCUCAACGCCACCACCGUCGACGGCUCGGAUCUUUCGGAUCGACCCAAGAAGCGGCGCAAGAGGGACAAGAAAGCCGCGACCGAAGGUCUUGUCAUCGCUGACGACGAUGCGGACUUGUCCCUUUCGUCACAGCCCACGACUGACAGGCGGCGGCGAGGACUUUUGCAGCAAGGCGGUGGAGAUCUAGGAGCUGACGACGACACGCCCCAAGUCUAUGACGGCAGAGUGAAGAGCGCAGAGUUCAGGAAGAAGAAAGGUGGCUCGAGCAGUGGCUGGCGGAGCGUGCCCGACGCUAUCCCAAUGGCCGACAACGCAAAUGGCUCAGUCCGGGCGAACGAUGAAGAGGCAGAAGCAGAUCGCAUCAUUGCACAAGCGCAGGCGGCCGACGACGAACGGCGACGCGGUAUCGAUGAUGAAGACGCGCCUGCUGUUGCCGAUCGCACAGAAGAUAGCGGACCACGAAUGGAGUCAGGCGUGCGUGCCGGUCUCCAAACCGCUGCGGAUACAGCCAAACUAGUUGAAGCAGAAGAGGCGCAACGACUCGCAGAAGAGCGUGCCGCCCGCCGUGAAAAGAAACUUCGCAAACAGCAGCAAGAAAAGGACGGUGGUGAGCCACCAGCGGAGCAACAAACAAUCUACCGUGAUGCUACAGGUCGACGAAUCGAUGUCACUGCGAAACGUGCCGAAGCGCGGCAAGCUGAGAUCGAGAAGGAGAAGGAGCGGCAGAGGGAGCGAGAGAACGCCAUGGGCGACGUGCAGCGGAAGAUGCGGGAAGAACGCAAGCAGGAAGUCGAGGAUGCACGAUUCCUCACUGUCGCAAGGGGUGUAGAUGAUGAGGCGAUGAACGAUGAUUUGAAGAAGGCUGAGCGCUGGGGCGAUACGAUGGCGGGCUAUAUUGCGCAGACACGAGCAGAAGAGGAUGCUGCAGCAGGUGGUGGUCGCGGUGAGGGACGCUCGAAAGUGACGCUCAACGAAGGAGCGAAGAACCAGAAGAAGACGUACCGAGGUGCUGCUCCGCCGAAUAGGUAUGGGAUCGUGCCGGGCUGGCGGUGGGAUGGGGUGGACAGGGGUAAUGGGUUUGAGAAAGAGUGGUUCCAGGCCAGGAGUAAGUGUAAGCGCAACGAGGAAUUGAGCUAUCAGUGGCAGAUGGAUGAAUAA